AUGCCUGCAAAUCCUAGACUGAGGCCCGAUCUCCAACAAACCGAAGCGUCUUCUACCCAAGAAACCCCAAACUAUCUCUAUCUCUGCGUCUUAGAAUGCGAGAACGGUUGUCCCUUUCAAUUUGACUUCACUUUAGCUACCGGCAACGCUUCCGACAUAGAAUCUCUCACCCAGCACGAUUUGGUGUAUAUGUGUCCCUGUAUCACAACAGCAGAAUGUGAAAUAACAGGCAUAAGCUACCAUCAAAGUCGUCUCCGCCACUCAAGCCAGAAAAUUCUCACAAUGAUCCAAAUCGCCAAAGUCAAAAAUCAAGAUCUUUUAUGCGAUGUCCUUCGCAAGUGUGAGCCCGGAGUGGAUGAACUUGAAGUGACCAGCUGGUACUUGAGGGCUUUAGAUGCUCUUGUUUGGGAGAAUAGAACUGGAAAGAUUCUUGAUAUAUAUUGGGAAUUCAGUUUUGAUAAGUUGGAUGACGCGACGGAGAGGUUUACACGUGCUAGUAUUGUGCAAGGAAAGAUUGUAGAGGGAGUUGGAAAUGAGAUUGCAGAUGGGGCGCAUAUUUCAGUAUUUGAUAUAGCGGGAUAUUCAGAGAUGAUUGGACUUUGA